GCUGGAAGCUGAUGAAGCUGGGGGAAGUUGUGGAUUCCUCGUGGAGAGUUUAAGUGAAAGUCCAGUAUUUUUUUUCCCCCUAGUAAUGUGUGUAGGGAGGAAGUGUCCCUGCUCUGCAGGAUUUGUCAAGGCUUAACAAUGAUUCAGUGGCUGCAGAAUAACUUAACAAACUUAGGUGUCUGAGCAGAAAGCAGAGGAGUUCAGGGACAAAUAAGAAAGAUGACAGACACUUCAGUAUGAGGAAAAUGGAAAGAGUUGGGACUGUUUUGUUUAGGGAAAAGACUUAAGAUGGGACAGGAGGACAUUUGAAAAAUGCUGGCUUAAUGGACCUGGAGAAUGUCUUCCCUUUUUUUCACAGAACAGGAUUAAAUAAGAAGAAUCAUCCCUUUUGAUUUGAGUGACAACUAUUCGAUCAGGUGUUGUCUUCCAAGAAAAAAAUAGUUUGGUCAGUUGCUUCUUGUAGACACUGAUGUUUAUUUAUAGAAAGGUUUUUUGAAGACUUGUGUCAAAUGACGUCAAUGGCCAGUUUGUUCUCUUUUACUAGCCCAGCUGUAAAGCGCUUAUUGGGCUGGAAACAAGGAGAUGAAGAGGAAAAAUGGGCGGAAAAGGCAGUUGAUGCCUUGGUAAAAAAGUUGAAAAAGAAAAAGGGUGCUAUGGAAGAAUUGGAAAAAGCUUUGAGCAGUCCUGGACAACCCAGCAAAUGCGUUACUAUUCCUCGUUCUUUAGAUGGGAGACUUCAAGUUUCUCACAGAAAAGGUCUUCCCCAUGUUAUAUACUGUCGUGUGUGGCGUUGGCCUGAUCUACAGAGUCAUCAUGAGUUGAAGCCAUUGGAUAUUUGUGAAUUUCCUUUUGGAUCUAAACAGAAGGAAGUUUGUAUCAAUCCAUACCACUAUAAAAGGGUAGAGAGCCCUGUUCUACCUCCAGUGUUAGUACCUAGACAUAGUGAAUUCAAUCCACAGCACAGCCUUCUAGUUCAGUUCAGGAACCUAAGCCACAAUGAACCGCACAUGCCACACAAUGCUACAUUUCCAGAUUCUUUCCAGCAACCCAACAGCACUCCAUUUUCCAUUUCACCAAACAGUCCCUACCCGCCGUCUCCAGUGAGCAGCACUUACCCAAGUUCCCCUGCUAGUUCUGGACCAUCUAGUCCAUUUCAGCUACCAGCUGAUACUCCACCUCCUGCAUAUAUGCCCCCUGAGGAUCAAAUGGGACAGGAUAGUUCACAGUCUAUGGACACAAGCAACACCAUGAUUCCUCAAAUUAUGCCAAAUAUAUCCAGCAGAGAUGUUCAGCCUGUUGCUUAUGAAGAGCCCAAGCACUGGUGUUCAAUAGUGUACUAUGAAUUAAACAAUCGCGUUGGAGAGGCUUUUCAUGCAUCUUCCACCAGUGUCCUAGUGGAUGGCUUUACAGAUCCUUCUAAUAAUAAAAACAGAUUCUGCUUAGGUUUGUUGUCCAAUGUCAAUCGCAACUCAACUAUUGAGAACACUAGACGACAUAUUGGAAAAGGAGUUCAUCUCUACUACGUAGGUGGGGAAGUGUAUGCUGAGUGCUUAAGUGAUAGCAGCAUAUUUGUACAGAGCAGGAACUGCAACUACCAUCAUGGAUUUCACCCUACAACUGUAUGCAAGAUUCCCAGUGGCUGCAGCCUAAAAAUUUUUAACAAUCAGGAAUUUGCUCAGCUUUUAGCUCAGUCUGUCAACCAUGGAUUUGAGGCAGUGUAUGAGCUCACCAAAAUGUGCACCAUUCGAAUGAGUUUUGUAAAGGGUUGGGGAGCGGAAUAUCACCGGCAAGAUGUCACAAGCACGCCAUGCUGGAUAGAAAUUCAUCUUCAUGGGCCCCUUCAGUGGCUGGAUAAAGUACUUACACAAAUGGGCUCACCUCUUAAUCCCAUCUCUUCAGUUUCAUAGAACUGCAGUAUUACCUUCAAUUGUAUCUUUGGUGGACUUAUUUUUAAUUCUAGGGAAACUUCCAGUGUGGAUACUGUGAGCUAGAUGGAGAACAGAUAUGGGUUUAACUUUUACCCCCUUUGUGACCAAUUCCAUUGCAUAUUGAUUCACUUUUAAAUUUCAGUUUGUUCUUGUGAUCCUAAAAUGAUAGUUGAGCCCUGCGGUGGGUUGGAGUCUUAUGAGAAACUUGCAACACUUCUCCUUCCCCCCACCCACUCUAUAUGAAACUUACAGGCAUAGGUCUAACGGGAACAUCUUCCUCAUUGUCACAUUGGGACAAGAGUUUUGAAGGCAGACUUUAGGAGUAAAUACAUAUAAUAGAUUUUAGUGUUACUUGAGCUCUACAUUCUCUUUUAACACACGUGGCUCCAGAUUUCAAUCAGUAUUAAAUAUGUAGCUGUGUAACAUCUUAUGGAAGAUGUCUGUAGUGAAGAAUUAGCCUUUAUUACAGCUAAGUUUGCCUCAAUUUGAACAAUGUGAUUUAAGUGUACACAUCUUGAAAUACUUUUUUACAGAUGGAUGAUGUAAAACAUUUGCUUUAACUUUUGGAACAUGCAGCCAUAAACACCAUAUACAUUAUAGAAUAUCAAUUAUUAGCCUUGUCCCAUUCCAAUUUUGUAAUACUACUUUUAACCACCACUUAAAGAGUAAUUGAUAAAGGUAAACUUUUCGCACUGCUGUGGACUAUAUACACCUAUGCUCUUUUGGAUGUAAUUGCCAAGACCUAGCUUUUUAGGUACCCUUUUGUAUUUUAGCAUAAACUCUAUUUUUUAUAAAUGGCAGAACUUGCAUUGCAAAGGAGCUAAGUUCUCUACGUAUCUGUUUUACCUAUCCAGAAUUGGCAUAUUUAAGCCUCUUGAAUCAUUUAGCAGUUAUUAUGCAGUAUUAGUGAUGACCCUGUACUUCAUAUCCAAUACAUAUUUGAUUAAUCUCUCAUUUUCGUACUGUUUGAAGACUGAAUGGCUUAGCAAAUUGGUGAUUGAGUGCAGAGCCUUUUAUUUAUAGAUCAAAUGCAAGUGGAGUAGGCAAUUACCAAAAAUCAUUACUGUCAAGACUUGUCCUGUGUGAAAUGGUGAACUUCAUCCCAUUCCUGAUGAAUUUUUCCCCUCCUGUAAUCUAGGCCUAAAGUUGGCAUUCUUAACAGAGACACUAAUGAUUGAAUGUAGAUAGGGAUUCAAUUGCCCUUUCUCCCACACUGGUGUAUGACUGUGAGAAGACUUGUAUUACAGCUGCCUGCUGUAUGUGUUGCUUCACCGAGUGAAUUACAAUGCCCAGCCUUUCAACACAAACACUAAAUAAAAAAGGGAGAAAUCUGUGAGUAACUCCUUUUCCUAAUGAGAGAAAUAAAUAUGUUGUGGAGAAUACUAAGUGAAA